AACCAAUCAAAAAAUUGCCAGACGACCUCGAAGAAUCCAUUGGUAUAUGCUAACAAUACGAGAGCGAAAGACAGAGGUUAUCUGCUUCUACAUUCGAUCCACCAGCUCGGAUAUAUACUCAUACUGAUUCGUUUGGCGGAUUUUACAAAUGGGUAUAGCUGAGUUGGCUCGUGCCAUUGAUUGGCAACAGGAAUCGUAUGCUCAAUAUGAAGAUUUCGCAGUUCUUCCCCUGUUUGUCAUCUUCUUCCCAUGUGUUCGCUUUUUCCUGGACAGAUUUGUUUUUGAGAAUUUGGGAAGAUGGUUAAUAUUUGGAAAGGGGCAGCAGAUGCUGGCUGUUGAGACGGAUGAGAGAAGAAAGAAGAUUAGGAAAUUCAAGGAAUCAGCUUGGAAAUGUGUUUAUUAUCUGUCGGCUGAGAUUCUAGCACUUGCUGUGACUUAUGAUGAGCCUUGGUUUUCUAAAACAAAAUAUUUUUGGGUAGGGCCCGAAGAUCAAGUCUGGCCUGACCAGAAAUACAAGUUGAAAUUGAAGGGACUCUACAUGUAUACCGGUGGAUUCUACACAUACUCCAUAUUUGCUCUAAUUUUUUGGGAAACAAGGCGUUCUGACUUUGGGGUGUCAAUGGGUCAUCAUGUCGCGACUGCCAUUCUCAUUGUGUUAUCUUACAUAUUCAGGUUUGGACGUGUUGGUUCAGUUGUUUUGGCUCUUCACGAUGCUAGCGAUGUAUUUCUCGAAGCAGGCAAGAUGUCCAAAUACGGUGGUGCUGAAGCUCUUGCUAGCUUUUCAUUUAUUCUUUUUGUAUUGUCGUGGAUCCUACUUCGCCUCAUUUAUUAUCCAUUUUGGGUCCUCUGGAGUACAAGUUACGAAGUUAUUCAGACCUUAGACAAGGACAAGCAUAAAGUUGAUGGGCCCAUCUACUACUACGUGUUCAAUUCUCUUCUUUUUUGCUUGCUUGUUCUUCACAUUUAUUGGUGGGUGUUGAUGUACCGGAUGCUUGUCAAACAAAUUCAAGCAAGAGGCCAACUUAGUGACGAUGUUCGAUCAGGUAAGUGAAAACAAGCUAUUUAGAUGGUUUUGUAAUGUGAACAUGUGCAUGUGCAUGGUUGCAAUCUGCAACUAAUAAACAAAAAAAGAGUUCAGACAAUAUUUUCCGCAAGAGAGAAUUUGAAGAUUGCAGUUGAUAUUGCCUGGAGAAUGGGGAGUGGGGGAGGAUUGAUAUUUCUUUUUCACUCACUAUUUUGGAAUUUCACCAUGUGACUAAUUGGAGGUAGGAUGGGUAUUGGAUCCAGUUUUGUGACCCAAUUGUGCUCACCCUAGUACGAUGGCUAUUGUGAUACAAGAGACUGGAGUAAGAGCAAGAAUAGGGUAAACUAGACACCUAAGAUGGGUUUAAAUUGGUCUUGGGAUUAGGGAAAGCUACCACACUAAUCCAAAAAUGGUGAGCAUUGGGCCAACCAGACUAUGGUGCUGCCCUGGCCUCAACAGAAGGACUUGAGUAUUUCCCACAUCGACUUUGAGUGAGGCCAACCAAUAUCCAUAAUUCCAACCCAUAUUCUCCACACUCAGCAUGUGAAACAAGCUAAAAUACUUGGAAUGUUCAAUUUAUGUUGAACUCGCGUGUGUUGAUCAUUGUAAUGGUGCCACAUGUUGAUGAGUACAGGGAACUCACAUUUGUUGACCCUUCUAGUAUGCUAUGCAUUGUACUCCUCUAACUCUGCCUCACCCGAGUUUUCGUAGAUCCUGAACCCACCUUGGCCUUCACUUUUUGGGAUUCUGACCUUUCUUGUCUGCUCCAAAGCAAGUUGGGGAAAGAGUUCCCAUCCUAAACUCAAUCUUUUGCAUUCCUUAGAGGCUGGGGAGGGAUUGGUUGGGGCACUUGUUAGGCCUCUGCCACUGACUUAUUUACUUGUUCAAUUAUUUUUCUUAUGAAAUGAACCAGGAUUCCUGAUCUAAUUUGCUUUAUUCUAGAAGAAUCAAGUUCUGGAAUACGAAUUGAGGGACAUAAUUUUCAUCAAACUCCCAACUGGUUGGCCCUUGAUGAUGAAGUAUUUAACUCCAACAUACAGAUAUUUACUUUUACACAGGGAUCUGCAUGUCUUGUUUCGAAUUUUGAACCUGCACUGAGCUGGUUUAGGUAUAAUGGAUUUACUCUGGAUGCAAGUAGAAUCAUAGAUCAGAUGAAAAAUUGCCUGACCUGAUUGAUGACACUUUAGCUUGGUCGGCUGUAUUUAAAGCCACUAGAUGCCUCCUUUUACUAUGCCUCGUUUCUCGUUCAUGAUCUUUAAAUUGACUUAUUACCUUUUGUAGAUUCUGAAGGUGAAGACGAACAUGAAGAUUGAUCAUAUUGCAUUCACUGCUCGAUUCGCAUUAAGAUAAGAAGCAGUUGAGGAUUACACGACAUAUUGGUUUCCAAGUGAAACACUUACGAUCAGAUGCAUUCCCUUGCCGUCGGAAGGACAUGUAUAUUGAUUUCAGAUUGGUUAAGGUAGCAGGUCGAAGUGGUAGCUAGUGGACAGGACCUUGAUUUGUGAUUGUCAAUUCCUGCUGGCUUAAGGAUGAUUUUGUUCAAUGCUUUGCCAGAAAGGUCCAUCAUAGCUUUGAACUUGUGACAAUUCACUAAAUGUGAACCUGCUGUCAUUAGCAGUGAGGGUUUGCCCAAGUAAUCUUGGUGUAAGCCAAUUUAUUGGAUUUCUAGUAGUAGUUAUGGUUUCAAGUGUCCAUGAAUAAUCAGAUUUUUUAGUCUCUUGGCUACUUCUGGAUUUGCUGUUGAUCAUUUCCUUAACACUUUGAAGGCAUACUAUUUUCCAUUGUGAGUCCAUAUUAACUUCAAUCUGAC